AUGGCUCUGGCCCGUCCUCCCUUGGCCCGGCUGGGAUUUUCUGCCUCCACCGCCUCUGUUUGGCGCAAAUCCGCAACGCUGGCUCCCCCCACCUGCACCCCUCCUUCCUCCUUUUCUUCCCCUCCUCUCGCAAGAGCCGCUCUUCUCUCUAGACAUCUCUCUUCCCCCGCGCACACCAUGGCCUACACAAUCCGCAAGAUCGCCCAGCCCUUUACGCUGGAGCACCGUGUCUACAUCGAGCAGGAUGGCAAGCCCAUCUCGCCCUUCCACGACAUCCCCCUCUACGCCAAUGCCGAGCAGACCGUCCUGAACAUGGUCGUUGAGAUCCCCCGCUGGACCAACGCUAAGCAGGAGAUCUCCAAGGAGGAGUUCCUCAACCCCAUUAAGCAGGACGUCAAGAAGGGCAAGCUCCGUUACGUCCGCAACUGCUUCCCCCACAAGGGUUACCUCUGGAACUACGGUGCCUUCCCCCGCACCUGGGAGGACCCCAACUCCGUCCAUCCCGAGACCAAGGCCAAGGGUGACAAUGACCCUCUCGAUGUCUGCGAGAUUGGUGAGCUGGUCGGCUACCCCGGUCAGGUCAAGCAGGUCAAGGUCCUGGGUGUCAUGGCCCUGAUCGACGAGGAGGAGACCGACUGGAAGGUCAUUGUCAUUGACAUCAACGACCCUCUGGCCGCUAAGCUGCACGACAUCGAGGACGUCGAGCGUCACCUGCCCGGCCUUCUGCGCGCCACCAACGAGUGGUUCCGCAUCUACAAGAUCCCCGACGGCAAGCCCGAGAACCAGUUCGCCUUCUCCGGCGAGUGCAAGAACAAGAAGUACGCUCAGGACGUCAUCCACGAGUGUGCCGAUGCUUGGGAGAAGCUCAUCACCGGCAAGACCGCCCCCGGUGACAUCUCCGUCGCUACCACCCAGGUCGCUGAGUCCGCUGCUCCCGCCGACCCUGCCCAGGUUGCCGCUAUCCCCGCUGGCGAGGACCUGCCCCCUGCCCCUGUUGACGGUACCGUUGACAAGUGGUUCUUCAUCUCCGGUGCCACUGUGUAA